AUGGAAAACUAUAAUUCGAAUUUUACUCCAUUUCUCCUUCUUCUUUUCUUCUUUCUUUUUAUCUUUCAGACUUCGAUUCAACAAGGUACAGAUGUUUGCAAAAAUGUGGAUUGUGGAAUAGGAUUAUGCAUAGCUUCAAAUAAUUCAAUUACAGGAUAUGAGUGUAUAUGUUCCCCCGACUGGAAUAGGAUUUUUCCUGUGCCAUUUUCUCCAUGUGCUUUCCCCAACUGUGCACUUAAUUUUCAAUGUGGCAAUGGGGCUCCGCCACCUCCGACUCCUCCACUAUUGCCCCUGCCACCAAUCAAUUUUACCGACCCUUGUAAUCUUGUUUGGUGUGGUGAUGGAACCUGCAUUGCAAAUGGAACGUCUCACUACUGCCAAUGCUUUGAUGGCUUCACCAAUUUAUUAAAUUUGACCGGUAUGCUUGAUUGCUGUAAACUUAGACGUGAUCCAAAUCAACCUCCGCCGCCACCCCCCUUGUCCAAUGGUAUGUUAGCACCUCCACCACGAAACGAAUCCGCAAUGGGUUCGAAGGUCGAAUUGAGUCAAUUCGAUGGAAAGGAGGACUAA